CUGGCUGCUGCUCGCCCGGCCGACCCGUCGGAAGCGGAGCGGAGGAGCCAGGAGCGGCGGCCGGCCAUGGCCCAGGAGGAGCAGGGCGCGCCCCGCCGCCGCCAGCCGCGCCUCUGCCAGAUGCUGCGCGGCGAGCAGGGCUACGGCUUCCACCUGCACGGCGAGAAGGGCAAGAGCGGCCAGUUCAUCCGCAAGGUCGAGCCCGGCUCGCCGGCCGAGGCGGCGGGGCUGCGCGCCGGGGACCGCCUGCUCGAAGUCAACGGCGUCAACGUGGAGAAGGAGACGCACCACCAGGUUGUGCAACGCAUCAAAGCAAUUGAAGCCAAGACCCAGUUGCUGGUGGUGGACAAAGAGACCGACGAGCAUUUCCGGAGUCUCCGCCUGACCUGCUCCAAGGAGGCGGGGUGGCCGGUCAUGGUGUCAAACCCUGAAGCGCCAGCAGGCAAAGGACCCCAUUCCAGCAAUGGGGACUCCUGGAAGGCUCCGGCCGAGCUGAGCGGCAGGAGCCUGAAAAGGCACAAGCACAGCUUAGGCUCAGAGAGCGGGAAGAAGGAUGUGAAUGGGCAGGCCAAGGAGCCUUUGGGGCCCCGACUUUGCCACCUCAAGAAAGGGCCCAACGGCUACGGGUUCAACCUGCACAGCGAGAAGUCCAGGCCUGGCCAGUUCAUCCGCUCGGUGGAUCCAGAUUCCCCGGCAUUCAAGGCAGGUCUCCGGCCGCAAGACAGACUCGUGGAGGUCAAUGGGAUCAACGUGGAAGGCAUGAAGCAUGCUGAAGUGGUGGCCCACAUCAAGUCCAAGGAAAAUGAAACGAGGUUGCUGGUAGUGGACCCUGCCACAGAUGAACAUUUCAAGAAACUGGGCGUCACUCCUGCUGAAGAACACAUUCGAGGGGGAAUUCCUCCACCUAUGACAAAUGGCUCAGCGCAAACCCAGCUGAAUGGCGGAUCCAUGUCUUCGUCCCACAGCGAUUGCCAAAGUCCCGAGGAGGCCGAGGUAAGAGAGGCGAAAAAGAAAGAUCCCUUUGAAGAAAGCGGGUUGAACCUGAGUCCCACUGCAGCGGAAGCCAAAGAGAGAGUGCGUGCCAAGCGGGUGAACAAGAGGGCGCCUCAGAUGGACUGGAACAAGAAGCGGGAGAUUUUCAGCAACUUCUGAACUCACCGAGGGCCCCGUUUCCCUUCCGGCCCCUCUUGCACGGAGACAUUUGCAAGGUGCACAGAUUGUGUCCCACUCCAAAGGACAGGGCCACAACGCACUCCAUGCCCCACAUUUUUCACAGGCAAGGCGGAUUCUCUCGAUUGCGAGGAGCGAAAGGAAAGGCGAAGAAGGUGGGAGGGAGGGAGAAACCGUUUAUAUUAAUUAUGGAUCAUUUAACUGGCAAUAUUAGAAUAUAUUAUUUAUAGGACCAUUUUUGUAUAAGGAAUUGUUUGAGUUGCUUUUCUCCCCCAUUUGUGUUUAAAUAUUUUACAGUGUUUUUGCAUUCCAAAUCAGCACCUUUCCUUUCCAUAUAGCGGAAGGCUGGAGUUUCUCCUACGUAAUGGACUGCAGUGUUAGCAACUUCAGAAAGGGAUUAGCCAACUUCUCCUUGCUUGCGACACUUUUGGUUCUCAGCGUGGAGUUUAUUUUUUCCAUACUUUAUCUUCAGUGCUUUAUUUUUUUUCAGUACUUUAUUCAGUUAGCACUUGAAAUUCCCUUGUUUUUAGCAUAGCAGGUGCUUUUCUUUUCAGUCCUUUUUCAGGCUCAUAACGAAGCAAAUACAAGAUUUUUAUGUUACAAAAUACCACCCAUGAUUAAAAAAGAUAGAGAUCGUAAGCAGUCAAGCCAACCUCUUAAGGACCCCUGCGGGAAAACCUGCCAUUUAUUAAGGGAUUGUAAUCUGAAUUCUUUUUUUUAAUAACAGUCGCUCAAUAAUGAGAUGAAAAAUAAUGAAAAGUUCCUUCAAGAAUGAAGUUCUUGCUGGUAAGCAAGAAACAUCUCAAGGUGAAUUUCAUCUCUAUUAUUCUAGGGCAUUAAAAAAAAACUUUCAGUGCUUUAAUUUUGCUGAUCUUUCAGGAGCUGUGAGGCAGCCAGCCUCCUUUUCAGCUUGCAACCUAAAGUAGAAGCCUUUUUCUGUCCCCAAGAUGUUGACAGGGUUUGGUCUCGGGUGGGACUAAUCUUCCCACAAGUGGUAAACAUGAUUGUGAAUUUGGUGUGAGGCUCUUACACAGUUGUUCUUGGGGAAAGUGUGAAUGCAAGAUUCCAGUGGGCCUGUCUGCUGCUGCUCCCCAAAGAACAUCUUGGCACAUCUGCUCCAGAGCUGUGUCCAUUUGGCCUAACUCGGGGAAGGCUCAGCAUCCAGAGAGAGUGGGCAGCCAGGGGCUCCUGCGACUCUGUGACGAGAUCUGGUGGCCAUCAUUGGCCAUUGACCGUUCCGAGGGGCCGAGAGAAUGGAGCCCACAAGGAAACUCUUGCAUCUCAGCUGUUUAGGCAAGGAGUGUUUUUACUCUAUCUUUAUUCCUGGCAGGACACGUCUCGUGGGACAUUUCUGCUGCAUAUGCCACCGUGCCUUGGAUUCGGGUCAGGACAGAGCAGGCACCACCAAAUGGAUUCUCUUUUGGUGGGAAUGUGGUUCUAGCGUUUGGAACAGCAUAAAAUCAAGGCAAAUAUUUCCAAGUAAUUUCUGCAGAACUCUCUUGCCAAUUCAAAUGCCACUAAGAGUUCUGGACACAAAGUGGGGCUCACUCUGGACAGAAGUACAGCUCCCAAAUUUCAGGGAUGUCCCAGACUCCUCCAGAUGAGCUACCAAAUUGGAAUGAUUAAUUUGGCAGGAGGGACAAGUGGCAAGUCAGAAAUAAUGUUAACCACAGAGUCUUCAUUAAACCUAAAUAUAAACCUAACUGAGCUAAUGAAUGAACCCUACCCUCCUUCAUUUUUUGUGGGGGGGGGCAGCCUCUUACAGGAUGAGGGUGGUCUUUGGCAUGGAAGAGAAUGUCCACCCAAGAACAGUUCCCUCCGCAGGAAGGGAAGGGCCUCGCAGCUUUGCUAAGGAGGGAAGGAAGAGGACAGGGAUGGGUCUGCCAGCCUUCCCGAGGAAAAGGAACAGCUUUUCUUUAAGAAGCUAGCUGAAUGGGAUGUAGUUUUUCUUUCUUUUUUAAGGAAGCAGAGGGCAUAUAAACAAUUGCCUUUUAAUGAUGGCAGAGAUUACAUUUUGCUCUAUUUAAGGGUCCACCAGGGACCCAAACUCUAGGCGCUGGCUGCAAGGGUGCAAUCCAAGCCCUGCCUUUUUUGCCUACAAACUUUCGCCAUGUGCUCCUGAAAGGAGGGGGGAGUGAUGUUUUUGAACGUUACAAUAAAUGAACAAAUUUGGAGCUUUAUGAAUAUUUUGUAAAUGGUGGAGCUGAAGUUUGCUUAGUUUAUUCUCCCUUUGAAAAAAAGGUAGUGGUUGAGCAAUUGCAGCAUUUCUUCCGAGAGGGGCUUUUGUUCAGGCGCUGCCUGGAUUGACUGAAAGGCCCUUCAGAGUCGGUGGCCAGAGCGAGGGCUGGGAUGCUCUGAGGAGGCUUCAGAUACGUGAUCUAUUAGUUUGGGAUGCAUUUGCGCCUCUCAUGCCAGGCCCCACUGCCUAAUUAUGCCCCUAGGAGCCUGGCUUCAACCACAGGAUCUCUGGGAGAAAAAGGCCUCGUAUUGCAAGAGAAUCCAAUUCCAGAUUUGGCUGCUCGCCUUCUGUUUAAGAGAACUUGUCAGGGGCGGGGCAGAAGUUGCAAUUCACAUCUCACCCUUUCUUGUCUUCCAAUAAAUCUGACUGUAGAAGAUGCUUUUGUUUUUCAAAGGACAAGUAAAAGCCGUGAGUGUCAUGGUUCUCUGGAACUUUGUCUUGUGGCUUCGUAGGAAGGAGAUAUCCAGGUGGAGGCUUGGCAGGGGUCCCGUCCACCCUUUUGGACUGGUAGGUGUCUGUCAGUUAGGCAGCUAGCAGUGCCUGUCAUUUUUGAGUUUUAUCUCUCCAGCUUGUGCACCUCGGGGUUCUGCAGAGGUGUUGGGGGUUGAGAACGAUGAGUAGUGCAUUUCUGCUUAUCUGUGGGAAGUCCCAACUUGGGAAAGAUUAAACAAUAUUUUUUUGAUUCCAUUGAUGUUUGGCUUCACCAUUGACCAUGCAGGAUGUCAAGGACUGAUACAGAUCACAGAAGCUGGCUCCUUGAACACCACUGUUAAAAUGCAUUUUUAAAAAGGUUUU